AUGACAGGAUUACAAAAUAAUCAUCAUAAAGAUGACCCGGUCAUAAAGUCUUGUUCAUACUUUGAAAAUCGUCGUAGAUUGUUCUCAUUUCAAUUUCAAGGACGUUUUAAACCAACGAAUCCUAAUAGAGAUGAUCACUUAUGGACUUUUGAUGAUGUACUGUUUUGUGCGGAAACCGAGUCUAGAAUUAAUCCUCCAAUGGGAUCUUCACUUGCUGUUAAAUUUGCGGGAUACAUUGAUCCCGGAUUUAAUGCUGAUGGGAUGUUCUUAAAAAAAAGACCUUGGGCUGGUAGUUGGUUAAUUUGUGGAAUGAAUGUUGUUAAAGUUUGGAAAGCUGAAUCUGACGAUAUGUCCACGAGGAAAAUUAUGAAAUCACAAAAACGUUCGAUUCCAACUUUCGACAACAACGCUUCACCUUUGUUACCCAUCGAACCUUGGGUUUAUUACGGUAAACAUCAUAUUGAAGAAGACACCAAAGUCAUCAUGCCUAAUGAGGAUCUAAGUUCUUCAAAACGUCGUAAUUAUUUUUCUCAACCGUCUAUUCGUAAAAAUUACGUCUUUAACCCUUCUCACAUAUAUUGUUGCGAUUUUUUCAAUAAUUUUACAAACUUUUCUACGAUGAAUGCGGAUAUGAUUAUAAAAUUUAACAUGUCCAAAGUGUUGGGAAAUCAACCACUUAGAUUCGUGUGUAGGAAUAAAGAAGGUGAUGCUAUAUUUUUUGUCAUAGAAAUUGAUUACUCGGAUCUUUUAUAA